ACCGACACAACAGCUGAGAACUGGAGCAUUGCAUGUUGUUUUUAAUCUGACAGCAGGAAUAAUCACUUCUUCAGUUUAACUCAUUUUGAUCAGCUUUUUUGUUUGAUAGUUUUUGUUUGUUUUUGUCAGUGAUAAAAUGGUUGAUUAGGGCACAUCUUAGUGGCCUGUAGAGACACCUUUGACUGGAUACUCACCGACAGUUAAUCUUGUGUUGUUAAAUGAAAUUGACUGCGAUGUUGUCAAGGAGGGAGAAAGAGCUAAUUAAAGAAAUAUGGGAAAGACUGACUCCUGUGGCUGAAAACAUUGGCGCAGAUGCACUUCUUAGGAUGUUUGCUUCUUAUCCGGGCACCAAGACAUACUUUUCCCAUCUAGAUAUCAGCCCUGGCUCCUCCCAUUUGUUCUCUCAUGGGAAGAAGAUUGUCCUGGCCAUCGCAGAGGGAGCCAAAGACAUCAGCCAACUCACAGUCACCCUGGCUCCACUGCAGACCCUGCAUGCCUACCAGCUCCGGAUAGACCCAACCAACUUCAAGCUGCUGUCACACUGUAUGCUUGUUGCCUUGGCAUGUUAUCUGGGCGAAGACUUCACACCAGUUGCACAUGCAGCAAUGGACAAGUACCUGUCAGCGUUUGCAGCUGUGCUCUCUGAGAAAUACAGAUGAGACUCAAACACAUUGUUUUUAAAUGUAAUAACCAUUUAUAAUGGUAUGUAGAAUUGAAUAUUUAUGUAUGUGUAAUUGUUGUUAUAGUGUCAUGUGUUGUUGUAAUAAAAGUCCACAAUUAA